AUGAGGAGAAACACACUAUCCUAUGUCGAUUGUAUGGGUCCACCUCCUCAAGAUGUAGCGCAGCGAACUAGCCGUCAAUGGAAUCCCCAGAAAUUCAUCGACUACCCGAACAACGAGGAGAAAUAUAUAAUUCUGUGUCGAUUAUACGGCCCAAUUAUGAUCGGCCAGUCCGUCACCUUUGUCAAGCUGACCAAGAGCAGACCCGCGAGCGCAAACAUCAUCGAACAGCGCAUGACUGCCGAAGACCACAAGGUCUCUGCUCUCCAUGCCGCCUUUGAGGGGGCCCAGCGCGACGAACUUUUCCCUGAGAAGGUUCUAGCUUGGACUAGCCGCCACGCUCCCAGCGCCACAGACAGCCAGAAGCAAGCGCACGCCACCGCGAGCACCUCCUACAACGAGUACACGAGGAAAAGGUCAAGGACGUGA